CUGGCUCGAGCCGGGUGGGGCAGGUGGGGCCGCCUGGCGGGCCAGGGCGGCCGCGCCCGCCGCGAAGACCCUGGGAGCCGGCCGCCGUGCGCUGGGGACAUUUGUCCUUCCACCCGGGGGUCUGGGGCCGGGGCCUCAUGGAAACCGUUGGCCAGGACAGCUGCGGAGGAGCGGACGCGGCGCGGGGCACCGAGUGGCGGCCGGCACCCGAGGCAAGGGUGCACUUCCGAGUGACGAGGUUCAUCAUGGAGGCAGGUGUCAAGCUAGGGAUGCAGUCCAUUCCCAUUGCCACCGCCUGUACCAUUUACCAUAAGUUCUUCUGUGAGAUCAGCGUGGAUGCCUAUGACCCCUACUUAGUUGCCAUGUCUUCCCUUUACUUGGCUGGCAAAGUGGAAGAGCAGCACCUGCGUACUCGUGACAUCAUCAACGUGUCCAACAGGUACUUUCACCCGGGCAGUGAGACCUUGGAGCUGGACUCCCAUUUCUGGGCGCUCCGGGACAGCAUUGUGCAGUGCGAGCUCCUUGUGCUGAGAGUACUGCGUUUUCAAGUCUCCUUUCAACACCCACACCAGUACCUGCUCCACUACCUGAUUUCCCUCAAGAACUGGCUGAACCGUUACAGCUGGCAGCGGACCCCCAUCUCCAUCACUGCCUGGGCCUUGCUGCGGGACAGCUACCAUGGGGGGCUAUGCCUCCGGUUCCGAGCUCAGCACAUAGCUGUGGCAGUGCUCCACCUGGCCCUGCAGGCCUAUGGGGUCGAGGUGCCCGCCGAGGCCGAGGCCGAGAAGCCGUGGUGGCAGGUGUUUAGUGACGACCUUACCAAGCCAAUCAUUGAUAACAUUGUGUCUGAUCUCAUUCAGAUUUAUACCAUGGACACAGAGAUCCCCUAAGGCCCUGGCCAAAGAGAAGCCUGGGACGCUCGGUUGCCAGGGGACGGCGCCACCACAUCGCCGUGACUGCCGGUCCCCAGAGGACUGGCUGGGAGGACUGGUUUUAUGCUGCUGGAGACGGGCUGGUGAAGGCAAUGACAUGCUGCCACUUUGAUUAUCAUGCUUUGACUGUCCCUGGCAGCCGUGGUCCAGACGGUGACAGGAGCCGCACCUCCAGCGGGCAGGAAUGCGCUGUGUGGUGUGGCCCCAAGGCGUCCGAGUCUGCUUUUGUCCUUUGAAAGGACACCGACUAUAGUCGAGGAGAAUCAUUGGAAGGAAAAUGAAAGAACAAUGGAAAUCUACCCCUGGGGAUUUUUAAAAAGCCAGAUUUAUAGAAAUUAUGAAUGUGUAACAUAGAUGAAUUUUUAUUUUGUAUAAUAAAAAAUGAUACAAAUCAACAGAGA